AUGUCGCGCGCAAUUCAGGACGGAACUAUUUUGAAGCCUACAGAAAAUGCAGCGAACGAAAUCGUCCCAUCAAAAGGCAUCGUGAAUGGCACAACAAGCUCCAACGGUGCAACAAAACGCGAGUAUCGCUUCGCUCCGAACCGAUUGCCUAGAUUUCCCUUACCAGACAUCAACGCGUUGUGUGAUGCGUUCCUCACAGGUGUCAAGGCCUUCGCAACUCCUUCGGAAUUUGCGAACACCUUGCGCGCCGUCGAAGAUUUCAAACAGCCAGGCGGUCAAGGCCAACUCCUAUACAGCCGUGCCGCCGCUAGAGCUGCAGACCCAAGCGUCGAAAACUGGGAAUAUGAGCUUCAACUUCAGCGCGGCUUCCUCGACCGUAGAGUGUCGCUCACUCCAUGCACUAGCUUCUGGUUCAGCCAUCCGCUCAGCACACGACAGCACUCGCAAGCAGAGCGAGCUGCUCUUCUAGCAUACACAAUCAACAACUUCAAGCUGAAGCUGGACGCAGGACUUGUCGAGCCGGAGGUGCUGAAUGAACGAGAGUUGACAACCGCGUUCCAUAAAUGGAUAUUCAACACUGUACGCGUUCCUGGCGUUGACAGCGAUGAGAUGGUGAAACACCCGAACAACGACUACUGUGUUGUUUUUUGGAAGGGUCACGCCUACAAGCUGAGUCUCUGUACAAGGGACCAGCCGGCGACCUAUCAAGAGUUGUUCACUGCGUUCGAGCUAAUCUUGCGUCAGCCGGUGGCUCGUUCUUUUGUCACCAUCUUAACCGCAGACAACAGGCGUCCAUGGGCCGAAGCAAGACAACAGCUCCAGCUUCAUGACUCGCAGAACGCUGCAAAUAUAAAGACGAUCGAGGCCGCUGCGUUUAGUGUUUCCUUGGACGAAGCUAACCCCACGACCGCCGCGGAGAGGGGGCGACAGUUCCACUUUGGAGGCGAGAAGGAUGCAGCAAAUCGAUGGCAUGACAAAUCGCUGCAGUUUGUCGUAUGCAGCAACGGAGCCUCCGGCACAAUCGGCGAACACACUAUGCUGGACGCCCUGACGCUGGGUAAGUUGAAUGAUGCCAUAGCCGCCGCCAUCAGCAGCCAUUCCCACACAGAAGCUGGCACUAUGUCGGCCACCACUACCACCACGCUCGAACCUUUGCCCCUGAAGAUCGACUUGAAACUCGAAGCGCACAUUGAAAAGGUGCGAGUUCAAUAUGCCGACAGCAUCAAGGACGCCGAACAUGCGUACUUCUCCUUCGAAGGCUACGGCUCCAAGGCACUCCGGGCCGUGAAAAUGUCUCCCAAGAGCGUUUUUCAACUGGUCGUUCAGCUUGCCGCCCAUUCAACGUUCGGCUACACGCCCCCAUGCUGGGAAACUGUGAACCAAGCGCAUUACCACCUCGGCCGCGUUGAUAUCAUUCAAGUUGUCAACCCCCAGGUCGCCGCCUUUUUGGCUGCUGCGCGCGAUCCGUCCGUCGAUCUGCCCGAGCGCCGCGCCCUGCUGAUCAAGGCUACCCGCGCGCACAUCGCGUCCAUCAACAAAGCUGGUAGGAACCUUGGCUGGGAGCGUAAUCUUACGGCCCUGCGUGCUCUUCUGGAGAAUGGUGAGCAAGUGCCGGCCUUAUACGAAGACCCAGUCUACAAGAAGGUGAGGCCGAGGGUCAUGAUGAGCAAUUGCUUUGAAACGGGAAUGCUGGAGAAAGGGUGCAUGUGGAAGGCCCCUGAAGCUGUCUGGUCGCAUUACGAGGUUUAUGACGAGAGGUACGUUUUCAUCCCUCCUUUGACCAUUUGA